AUGGGUAGAGCUGUGUUGCGCAAAGUUUCGUGUGUUCUUCUGCUGGCUAUGCUUGUAUUGGCUGUUGCAGCUGAUCAGAAUCAGGAUGGCAAUCAGAACCAGAAUCAAGACGGGAAUAAGAACCAAGGAGAUAACAAUUCUUCUCCUUCGGAAGGAGGAGGAAAAGAUCAGAAUCCUUCUCCUUCGGAAGGAGAAGGUAACGAUGGCAAUCAUUCUCCUCCAGAAAACAGUCCUUCACCUCCAGAAGGAGGAGAUUCUGAAGGAGGAAAAAACCAUCCUCCACCUCCUCCACAGCAAAGAGAAACUCCACCUCCUCCGCGGCAAGGAGAGAAUCCACCUCCACCUCCUCCACAGCAAAAAGAAACUCCACCUCCUCCGCGGCAAGGAGAGAAUCCACCUCCACCUCCUCCACAGCAAAGAGAAACUCCACCUCCUCCGCGGCAAGGAGAGAAUCCACCUCCACCUCCUCCGCGGCAAGGAGAGAAUCCACCUCCACCUCCUCCACAGCAAAAAGAAACUCCACCUCCUCCGCGGCAAGGAGAGAAUCCACCUCCACCUCCUCCACAGCAAAAAGAAACUCCACCUCCUCCGCGGCAAGGAGAGAAUCCACCUCCACCUCCUCCACACCAAGGAUGGACUCCACCUCCUCCACAGAAAGGAGAGACUCCACCUCCAUCUCCUCCACAGCAAGGAGAAACUCCACCUCCUCCACAGAAAGGAGAGAAUCCUCCUCCACCUCCUCCACAGCAAGGAGAAACUCCACCUCCUCCACAGCAAGGAGAGACUCCACCGCCAUCUCCUCCACAGCAAGGAGAAACUCCACCUCCAUCUCCUCCACAGCAAGGAGAAACUCCACCUCCUCCACAGCAAGGAGAGACUCCACCGCCAUCUCCUCCACAGCAAGGAGAAACUCCACCUCCUCCACAGCAAGGAGAAACUCCACCUCCUCCACAGCAAGGAGAAACUCCACCUCCUCCACAGCAAGGAGAGACUCCACCUCCAUCUCCUCCACAGCAAGGAGAAACUCCACCUCCUCCACAGCAAGGAGGAAAUCCUCCACCACCUCCUUCUCCUGCUCCUCCCCAGAAAGAGAAAAAGGAAAAGUGCAAAGUGAAGAAGUACAAGAGUUGUUACGGUCAGGAGUUCAGCUGUCCUUCGAAUUGUCCAGGGGGAGAUUGUCUGGUGGAUUGCGUAUCCUGCAAGCCCAUGUGCAAGUGUGACAUGCCGGGGGCAGUGUGCCAAGACCCAAGAUUUAUAGGCGGUGACGGCAUAACUUUCUACUUCCACGGCAAGAAGGACCGCGAUUUCUGCCUCAUCUCCGACUCCAAUGUCCAUAUUAACGCCCAUUUCAUCGGCCGCCGUAACCAAGACAUGCACAGGGACUUCACAUGGGUCCAGUCCUUGGGAGUCCUCUUCGACUCUCACCGCCUUUACCUCGGUGCUCUCAAGACCUCCACCUGGGACCACUCUGUCGACCGUCUUGCCCUCACUUUUGAUGGGGAGCCAAUCUUCCUCCCUCAAUCCGAAGGUGCAUCCUGGCAAUCCACCACCGUCCCAGCUGUAUCCGUCACAAGAACACGCUCCACCAACUCCGUCACCUUUGAAGUUGAAGGUAACUUCAGGAUCACGGCCACGGUGGUUCCCAUCACAGAGGAAGAAUCUCGGGUUCACAACUAUGGCAUCACUAAGGACGACUGCUUUGCUCAUCUAGAGUUGGGUUUCAAAUUCUACGCAUUGAGCGAUACCGUGCAUGGGGUGUUGGGUCAGACAUACAGGAACGAUUACACCAGCAAGGUCAAGAUAUCGGCGGCAAUGCCUGUAAUGGGUGGGGUCCGUGAGUUCUCCUCAUCGGAUCUCUUCUCUACUGACUGCUCUGUUGCCCGCUUCCGCCAAGGAGGGCUUCCAAUCACCGGAGCUGCUUCUGAAUAUGCCGACAUGGAGUGUAAGAGUGGCAUGACUGGCCGUGGAAUCGUUUGUAAGAAGUAAAC